GUAUAUACAUGUACGUUUGUUAAAGCUGUUUACAAUAUUAUGGAGACACAAAAAAUAUCGGAAUGACAAGAAACAAUGUAGUUUUUGCAGAGAUCUUGAUAUUGAUAUCUGGAUGUUUGGGGGGAGAGUACUGCUCCUAUAAUUACAAUGGUGGACGUGGUGUUAAAUACAUGUACUGUGACGUCACAUGUUGUGGUUCUUACUAUGAGCGGUACUGUUGUGCUCUAACAUCGACAGCCUUAUAUGUCGGCGCGAUAGCGGGAGGGGUGAUAUGUGUCGCCCUAAUCAUAGGAAUCGUAGUUUGUUGUGUAUACAAAGGGAAAACACGUGUCAGACGACAUCGUCAUAUAAACAACGAUGCAGGAAAUGAACAUUUUCAGUGUUCAAGAAUUUAUCGUCAUGAUUCUCCGAAGCCCCCACCCUACGAAUUUCAGCAUCACCCCAGCCCGCCAGAAUAUCACUCAGAUCCGCCCCCACGUUAUAUGACGCCAUUACCGGGGUCAGACUUUCAUCACUUUCCAGGCUCAAUGGAGGACAGCUGAUAAUCUUUAUAAAUUUUAAAAGCAAUAAACAUUGAGUAAAAUAUA